AUGCCUCCAAAAAAGGGUCAGCGUAAAUCGAUGUCGGCGCGCAUAAAUAAAGCGCCUACGUUAGCGCCAUCUCGACGGUCACCACGAGUUCCUCCCCCUCCAACAAGCCCAACUGAAACCGCCAGCCCACCCAAAACGUUGAACCUUACACCCGCCUCGCCCCAAGAAACCUCAAUCAACAUCCGUUUCUACAAUCCCAAACCUGCUGCGGCUAGUCCUCGCUCCCAAGCCGAGGUUCCGGAAACUCCAUCCUCACGCCGACGAGGUUUCCAGACUCGUCCCUCUCGUUUAUCAACGGUCUAUACACCAACCAUAGAUACCCCAGCCAGCCAGGGUAGUCGACGGACCAGAAGGACAGCCGCACUCGAAACACCAAAAACGGAAAUCUCUGAUUUCGACCCUUUGGAGGGUAUUGGUAGUACUGGAUGGACGAAUGAGCAGUACUUUGGUGCCAUCGGGUCAGAAGGAACAGCAGACGGUCCCUCUAGCCCCACAAGUGCAUCCGACAUGCGGAACUCAUCGCGGGUGCGCAAGCCUACAAUUAGAGCUCUUGAAUCUCUGGAGUCGGCAAAGAAAAAGCCCCGUAAAAAUGCGAAAGCAUCUACUCCGAUCGGGGAAAAGCCAGCUUACCCCUCAAAGGCAGUGAAGAAUAAUACCCUCAAUAAAAGCGCCAAGAAGACUCGCACGUCAAGGCGUAUGGCGAAUUCAAAGAUUCGAAACGAUAUGAUUUUGAUCGGCAGCGAUAUCGACUUCAAACUCGCUGGCAAGAGGCUGUUUGAUCUCACUUUUGAAGCCCUAAGCCCUGACUUCAUUCUUCCAAUCAACAUUGAUGCCGAGCAGUUCAUCAAAGAGAGACGAAGCGAAUAUUAUCAAAGUAGUCACGAUGAAAUGUACGGGACUACCACGUCGGCCGACGAUAUGCCCUCGUCCCAGACUGUCGAUGAAGUCGUCCCAGAACCCUCUGCCAUCUCAACAUCUCCCAAGCUAGCUCCCACAGCUAAAUCCACUGACGCUCCCGGCAUUUUGGGAUUCGAACUACAGUCCAGUGCCAGAACGAGCGGCGACGGAUGGAUUCAAACCGGCUACGUCAACGACAAAGCUGAAGAAGUCUCUCUGAUCCCCGAUGACUACCAUUUGUAUCGCUCGCUGCACACCUACGGGGAUGAAAGCCUACCCUAUCCCCCCGUACGUGCUCGCGCAGAUCACCAAGGCGAUAGCGACAACGCACGCGGCUAUCCACCCCUCAUAGGAUCUCGCAACCUCCCUGCCGGGUCCCAAUCUCCUUUCCAGCCAGAGAACGUGGACGCGGAAAGGGCUAGAGUGCUUUCCCGUCCCCAGGAAACCCCUCUCAUUACACCAACAACUGCGGCUCGCAAGCCUCGUGCCACGCGCAAGCGUCGCCAGACCGCAGCCACAGACGCGAUUAAUCCGACUACGACCCCUGACGGAGAACGCAAAUCAAAGCGUCGCCGCCGCCAGACUGAGCCGGGCCCUGCCGCUGCCGCUGCCCCGGCGUCUGACGUUGCUCCUGCUCCCUCUUCCCCUCCAAAAUCCGCGACAAAAGCACAGUCUCAGUCAAGCAAGGUCGCCCCUAUCGCAACGCCCACUACCGAGGACGUAAAGCCUAAAGUGCAGCGAAUCCGUCUAACCCUCAAGCCCGCACCCGAUGUUGAGAUAAAGGAGGAUGAUACGUCCAAUACAGAGGAUACUCCAGCUCCGCACUCACCCUCAACUGCCCCCUCACGCGCGCCUUCCCCCGUGCAAACUCCUAAACGCCGUCGUCGCGGUCCUGCAAAGGUCAAAUAA